AUAUCCACGUGCUCGAAUGUCUCGUUUGGCCCGUUCUCAUUCAACCCAAACAAAGGACGAACGCCGCACAGCCAUUCAUAUUGAUUUUCCCGUGAUAAACGACGAAUAAAAAACUUGUUGAAUCUCUCUCUCUGUUCGCGACGUAUCUCUCCCGGUAUUACGGCUGUUUAUUGCCCGGUCUAUCUGCACGUUGCUCUCUGCCUCCAGACCCUUUGAAGCGGGCUUUUCCGUGAGUGAUGGUGCUAUUUGACCUAAAUUAUCCUAGCGAUUUUAACGUCCAUAAAUAACGCGUCGAAGUUAACGGUUGUAGAUGAUGUCGCGGAUUUUUAAUCAUCAGUGAAUGGAAUCUUUCGUGAAACGUAAAACAAUCGUAAGGAUCUUUGGGAUUGUGCUGGUUAGGGUUGUUGGAAGGUUUUUCGAAAUGUGAUUGUAUGCGCAUUAAAAAGAACUUUUUCGAUUGAAAAAAAAAACAGUGCAUGCGGCUAAGAAGAUGGAGACAAUGAUGGAUGAGCCUUUAAAUUUAACCGUGAAAAAAAUGCCCAUAGCUAUAGUGGCACCUUUCACUGUCAUCGACAGUAAAAACAACAAAAAAGCCGUCGUGAACAACGAGGAAAAUCCGAAUAAAAACGAAGAUAUACCCGAAGAUCUCUCCCUUAAGAACAGAAAGUGUGAAAAAGACUAUUUCGGCUGUUCUUACAAAAAAAAGGUGAACGCCAACCAUCAAUACGACCAUCUGGAUGAGGCGGAGCAGCUGCGACACUUUCUCAACCGCGAAGAGAGCCGCAACCGCUUCAAUAAAAAUACCUUCCGAGAGCAAGAAGUGAUCUUCAAUGACGUGAAUAAGCUUUGCGAUUUCGGCACGAAAAAUUUGACAACUACUCCGGAUUACAUGGAGUACGCGGAUCGUUUUUACGAACACAAAUUCUUAGCUGCGUGGUACAUAAAUUCUAUGAUCGAGAGCCAGCGGAACUCUUACUUCAACUUCCUUCAACAGCAGCAACAGACCAUGUCUAUGCGCGCUCCAUCCGCCCCAUUCGACGUUGAUAAGAACAACAAACCCGAGAACAAUAGGAUUUUGAACAAUCUACUGGAGAAAAAAUCUAAUCCGAAUUACAAGUUUCCUGUUAAUUUUGAUGCUCUCAUCAAGAACGAAAUGCCGGGCAAAUCGAACAACGAGGAUCGAGGGGAUUACGCGCAAAGGCAAAUGGACCAUCAGAAGAACAACAUGGAUAAAAACAAUUCCGAAACUAAUGGCGAAAAGAAGAAACCACAUAUCAAGAAACCCCUAAAUGCAUUUAUGUUAUACAUGAAAGAAAUGAGGGCAAAGGUUGUGGCAGAGUGUACUCUCAAAGAAAGUGCCGCUAUCAACCAAAUUCUUGGACGAAGGUGGCACUCUCUGAGCCGAGAGGAGCAGGCCAAGUAUUACGAGAAAGCCCGACAGGAACGCCAACUGCACAUGCAGCUGUAUCCAGGCUGGAGCGCUCGGGACAAUUACGGUUACGGCACCAAGAAGAAGAAGCGAAAGAAAGAACGAACGCCGAUCGAGUCGGGAGGUAACAGUAUGAAAAAAUGUAGGGCAAGAUAUGGAUUAGACCAUCAAAGUCAGUGGUGUAAGCCAUGCAGACGCAAAAAGAAAUGCAUUCGUUACAUGGAAUCAGGCGAUGGCAAUGAUGGAAACCAAUCCGACGACAAUUUAGGCAGCUGUGGAAGUAUGGGUGACGCACACACACCUCCAGAUGAUGAUGCCGAAAGCUUAAAUAGAUCAAUGUCCAGCCCUGGCGGUCUUUCCGCUCUUAGCAGCCUAACUAGUCCUGGUGGUAUGAUUCUGCCUAGUCCAUCAACAAGUGUAGCGAGUCCUUCUGUGAGUUUGGCUAGUCCCUAUAUGCUACAAAGCCCUUUAACCCCCCACGAACAUAUGGACGUUAAGCUACCCCCUCCUUUAAUACAUCAACAACCCCCUCGUAACCCGGUGGGGACAAAUCCACACGAUAUAAAUAAUCCACUUAGUGUAAAUCAGUUAACAGGACAGUGUGUUCGGAAUGAUUCGACAGAUUCUAAUAGCAAAGAGACUACACGUUCGAUAAUCAGUGUUACGUAGCCUUCCGAAAAGCAACUACGGAACAUUAGCUUUUAUUUGUCCAAACUGAGAUAACUCAGAUUUUUUCGAAUUUUGCACGCAGUAAAGAGGACACUGGUUGAUGCUGUGACUAGUGCAGUGCGUUGAUCUCAUUAGACUUGUACUGCGCAAACUUCAAUUUUCUACUAUGUAACAUAAAUGUCAUUUGCCAAAAUCACCUCUAUAUAUGAAGAUAUAAAGUAUAUAGAUAUCCUAUAUUUUGUAGUUAUUUAUAUUGAAUGGUAUUUAUUUGUUGAGAACGGUACUUAAGAGUUUUUAUCUCUUCUAUUUUAUUUUGAGAGUAAUUUUUUUGAAGCAAUAUUAAUAUACUUUUGUGAUAUGAUGAAAAAUUAUAGCUGGAGCAAUUUUUAAGUGAUAUAAGUAUAUAAGUCAAAGAAAAGCAUAAACACCACCAUUUCUGUAAUUCGUUACAUAUUUCAGGAACAUUGAUGUAAUUUGGUGUUUUUUGUAUUUAUGAAAAAAAAGUAUAGUCCAUUCAAGAGUUAUUGACAUCCCAGUAGGCCUUGAAAGUACAGACGCAGAGGUCAAUAUCUCGUCAUCAGAGAUCCCCAAUAAUUUCUGUAAUUUCUAUCACAGAACUACAAUAUUUGAAUAUAACCUAGAAAAGUAUUUCGAAUUCACAAUAACCCAAAUCAAAUCAAUCAGUAUUAUAAAUUGUUACAAUUAUUUUCUCAACUUGUUUGUUUGAAUUAAGAACAUAAACAACAGCACGAAAUCCAAAAUAUCCUCUGUCAGUGCAAAGAGCUUUAUGUAAUUGGUAUAUGGAUCAGUGCUUAUUCUCAAUACCAACCUGAAUUCCAAAACUUGAAAUCUCGCUUUUAAUUACCAACUUGAAUUCUAUUUUCCACAGCCUCCCGCGAUGUCAAUAAUUCUUGAAUGGAGUAAAUAUAUAUAUAUGAAUAAUUUUUCAUAUGAAUGUGGUCAAUUUCAAUUAUAGAAUUAUGACGAGAGAGAGAGCGAAAUUUUUUUGCAAUAGAAUAAAAAAGGCCAUUGAUUGAAGUCCUUCAACCAAAAUAAUGGAGGUAUAUUCCUGCUUUUAAUCCACCUGGUUUUCCAUUUGGUCAAAUGUUUUCAAUCGUCUACAGUAUUGAAGGAAUUAUUUAUAUGGUGGUGCACAAAUUAUUCACACCUCAGCAACUAAAUACCAGUAGAUAAAUUUAUGUUCCUUGUGCCAGAGCAAAAACGAUAAUGCAACUUUUAUUGUUUUUAUUUUUGGAGUCUUUUACUACCAUUUAAUUUUCUUGUGAAAGUUUUUAUAACUUUUCCAACUUGAAUGAAUUUUAAAUUUUCUUAUAUUUUACAAGAGAUCAUUUUCAACAUAUAAUUAUUCAUCUCCAGUGAAAUCAUCUUUGGAAAUCAUUUAAAAUGAGAGAAAGUAAGAUGAAAUUUUGAAUAGGUUCGAAUUCAUCAUUGUUUCAACAUUUUGUUCAUAAAUAUCAACUUUCUUUCAGAGUUAUUCCUCAUUCAUGUUGAUAUUUAUGCAAACAUUUUGUCUGCUCCUAAAAGCAUAGAAUUAAAACUGGAUUAAGUCGAUUCACUUGUUUUCUAUUUCACCCCAUUAUUUCGAUAGCAUGCCAAUUACAUAUAUCUAAUUGUGUUAUUGUAUGAAACAAGAUCACAAAUCAAACUGAUAGUAAAAUUUCAUGACACAAAAAUAGAGUCGAUUUUCUAUUUUUAAUUUCAUCUUAUUAUCUAGCAUACAUGCCCAGCAGAAUUAAAUUGCACCUGAUAUUUGAAUGGGGAAUUGUAAAUAUAUAUGAACUACAGGAAGUGAUAGAAACUAUCACUAUAAUGAGAAAUUUAAUUGAGAAGUAUUGGUCCAGGUCCCUUACAUAUUUACUCUUCUAAAUAUAAAUUCAUAUAUCUGUGAUAUAAUUUUGCAGGACAGGUAUGUAAAUAAAAUAUCUCAAAAAUAAAUUCUGGAUAACAUUACUCCUCAAUCUAUAUAGAAUUUUUUUAACAAUAUUAGUUCAGUGAUGUUUUGACUAAAAAUAUCAACAAUAAUUGAUCAGCAUCAAAGUAGUUAUGUUCAAUUUACCAUACUUAAAAGAAAUAUAAGUUGUACAUUGCUAUAAAUAUUGUAAUUACCUACUUUGUACAUAAAAAUGUUAAUAGAUGCACUUCUGAUUUCAAUUUUAAUUCGUUACGUCUAAAGAGGGAUUAUUUUACACAUUUAAUUUCGUUUUGUUUUCAUAUAUUUUAAUCUGAUGAAAUAAUUUCAGGAUCAAAAUUGGAUAGUGUUGAUAUCAAAGUCAUGUAUAUAAAUUUUUUUAAUGUCAUAAAUUUGACAGGGGAUGUUUUACACAAUGGUGUUCAAUUAUUAAUUUUACUAUGAAAUGAGACAUGUGAUAUUUUAUACUAUUUAAUAAUGAUUUAAAUUUGCAUCCCUUAGGCCUCAGCCGUUUUGUAAUUGAUUUAAGUUUUUUUUCAUUCAGUGUUUGUCAUUAUCUUACUCAAAUAACUAUGUUUCUGAUGUCCAUAAAUAUAGCACGAUGUUUGAAUGAAAUUGAAUAAAAAUAUAAGGACUAUGUUCUAUUUCCUACUCAUUUUUUAAUCUCAUAAUUUAAAUAUUGUUGUGCUAUAUUUCUGGAUAUUUGAAAUUUCUCUAUAAUCUGUGUGUCAUAUCUUAUUCUUGUGCAAUGAAAAUUUUUUUGAGAAACACAUUAUGAGUGUAAAGAGAUUAGAUGUGCCAUAAAAAAUCAUAUGUGUUUCAAAAAAUCUGAAAACUUGCACACUUUAACGACUGCUUAGGUUACACAAGUAAUUAAGUUUUUGGAUAAGUGCAAUGUAAAUGUUUUAUAGUUGAUCUGGACUUGGUACACCAUUUUUGUGAGGAUGAAUGCGUGUCUGUAGAAGUUAUUUGUUCAUGAUUUAUUUUUUUUGUUGAAACAAGCAUUCAGUCUUCCUGUAAUUUUCCUGUCAGCUUUAAUGAGGAAGCAUUCAAAAUGCUCAAAUUUAAUUGUACCAUUCUGGAGUAAAUGAAUAUAAAUAUAUAAAUAAAUUAGUAAUUAAUUUAGAUGUUAAUGUCUUUGUAAGUAGCAUCUGUUCGUAACAUCGUUUUAGAUUAGAAUAUUCAAUACAAAAAUGAACAUUA